AUCCCGAUCCCCGAUGCCCGAUCCCCGCAGGGAGACGCUGCCUCUCACGGGAAGAACCUCACGUUUCCCUGAGUUGGCCCUUGGCAAAAACAAAAACAAAACCAGAGUGAGAAUCAGCAUAUAGCCACAAGAGCGCCACGGAAAGGACUUUUCGAGUUUCCGAAAGGUCUUCAGGUCUUCAGGAACCUCCCCGGGCCGUGUGUGGAGUAGGGUUCCCUGGGGCCCCUAGACCUCACACUGCUAACCCCUCUGAGCUCACCCCGAGCCUCCACACCCCGCUUCCAUCCACUGCCGGGGGCAGACCUGCAAUCACCGGGCCUGGAGAGGCGAGGGGCGCCCCAAAUUACACGUCCGGCGCAGAUGAAAGGCCGUCUGCGGGCGCAGCUUCCCGGCCUGGGCCGCGGCGCUGGCUUCCCACGGUGGGCACUACCCGCGCUUGGCGCAGGCGACUCGGUGACAGCGCGGCUCAUAACACCCUCUGGGUUGUUUUUACAGCGGCUGAUCCAGAACCCGUUCUCAGGAAAGCGACACCCUCCAAAAUGGUAAAAUGAUGAAAUGAGGACUGUGAACGCUUUACCCUUUGCAUGGGACUCUCCGGACGUGAAAAGAGGGGCGCAUCCGGCCGCGCGAUAGCUAGGGGCCCGAGGAACAUGGAGAAGCGGGCCUUCCUGUCGCUGUGUGCUCUCCUGCCGCUGGCCGGCGGGCACAGCCUCUUCACCUGCGAGCCGGUCACCGUGCCGCGGUGUCUGAAGAUGACCUACAACCUGACCUUCUUCCCCAACCUCAUGGGGCACUACGACCAGGGCAUCGCCGCUGUGGAGAUGGAGCACUUUCUUCCCCUUGCCAAUCUGGACUGUUCGCCGAAUGUUGAAACUUUCCUCUGCCAGGCGUUUAUACCGACCUGCACGGAGCACGUUCACGUGGUCCCGCCCUGCCGCGAUUUCUGCAGGAAAGUGUAUUCCGACUGCAAAAGCAUCAUGGACACCUUCGGGAUCAGAUGGCCUGAGGAGCUUGAGUGUGACAGGUUGCAGUACUGUAACGGGACUGUUCCUGGAGCUCUGGGUCCACACGGGGGAUCUGGUCCCCAGAAGAAAACAGAACAGGUCCAAAGAGACAUCGGCUUCUGGUGUCCGAGGCACCUUAAGACUUCUGGGGGACAAGGCUACAAGUUUCUGGGGAUCGACCAGUGUGCGCCUCCGUGCCCCAACAUGUAUUUCAAAAGUGACGAGUUAGAAUUCGCAAAAAGUUUUAUUGGAAUAGUGUCGAUAUUUUGCCUCUGUGCGACUCUGUUCACGUUUCUCACCUUCCUAAUCGACGUCAGGAGGUUCCGGUACCCUGAGCGGCCCAUCAUCUACUACUCCGUCUGCUACAGCAUCGUGUCUCUCAUGUACUUUGUUGGGUUCCUGCUCGGCAAUAGCACAGCCUGCAACAGGGCGGAUGAGAAGCUGGGGCUCGGGGACACCGUGGUCCUGGGCUCCCAGAACAAGGCCUGCUCCGUUGUGUUCAUGUUUCUGUACUUUUUCACCAUGGCCGGCACCGUGUGGUGGGUGAUUCUGACCAUCACUUGGUUCCUCGCCGCAGGGAGGAAGUGGAGCUGCGAGGCCAUCGAGCAGAAAGCAGUGUGGUUCCAUGCGGUGGCGUGGGGAACCCCUGGCUUCCUGACCGUGAUGCUUCUGGCCAUGAACAAGGUGGAAGGAGACAACAUCAGCGGAGUGUGCUUUGUCGGCCUCUACGACCUGGCGGCCUCUCGUUACUUCGUGCUUCUGCCCCUGUGCCUGUGUGUGUUUGUGGGGCUGUCCCUGCUCCUGGCCGGCAUCGUCUCCCUAAACCACGUGCGACAGGUCAUCCAGCACGAUGGCCGCAACCAGGAGAAGCUGAAGAAGUUCAUGAUCCGCAUCGGAGUCUUCAGCGGCCUGUACCUGGUGCCACUGGUGAUGCUGCUGGGGUGUUAUGUCUACGAGCAGGUGAACAGGGUGACCUGGGAGAUCACGUGGGUCUCAGACCACUGUCGCCAGUACCACAUCCCGUGUCCUUACCAGGUAAAAACAACAGCCCGACCGGAACUGGCGUUAUUCAUGAUAAAAUACCUGAUGACCCUGAUCGUCGGUAUAUCCGCUGUCUUCUGGGUCGGAAGCAAAAAAACCUGCACCGAGUGGGCUGGGUUUUUUAAACGAAAUCGCAAGAGAGACCCCAUCAGCGAGAGCCGCCGUGUGCUGCAGGAGUCCUGCGAGUUCUUCCUGAAGCACAACUCGAAAGUGAAACACAAGAAGAAGCACUGCAAGCCGGGUUCGCACAAGCUGAAGGUCAUCUCCAAAUCCAUGGGGACCAGCACCGGGGCCACAGCGUACCACGGCACCUCCGCCGUGGCCAUCGCGGACCAUGACUACCUAGGACAGGAGACCGCGACGGAAAUCCCGACCUCCCCGGAGGCGUCGGUGAGAGAGGCGGGCGCAGCUAGGGAGCAGGACCCCGGGGAGCCCGCGUCCCCCGCAGCCAGCUCCAGAUUUGGCGGGGACGUGGGUGACAGGAAAAGCCAGGCUGCCAGCGCUCAGGACAGGACCAGUGUCUCCGAAAGUGCCCGGAGCGAAGGAAGGCUGAGCCCCCAGAGCGACACCGCUGACGCCGGCUCCGGGCAGGGCGCAGUCACGCAGGUCCCUGGUGGCAACCUCGAGGGCCCGGAGAGGGCCACAUCUCCUGGACCCCCGAGGACCCCCGAGGACACCGUGGGCGCCGCGCCGUAGAGAAGCCCUGGGGUCUUCCUCCUUGCAUUGACCUUGGCAUCAGUGACUGAGCUACUGGGGAGAAUACUGAUUUCAAGAACAAUACGACUCAUUUCCGCAAAGGCUUCUGACGGCGGGAAAUUCCUGAAAGCAGAAACGCGAGGGUUAAUGAUAUCUUUUAAGUCGCUUGGGAGGAGGAGCUGCAGGAACCUUCCUCUUCUGUUCCUGCAGAUUCUACUCCAGUUAGAAGCAUUGUAAGAUGGAUUUUUCUAUGUUGGUUUUUUGACAUCCAGGCAAGAUUUUUCUUUGCUGAAGUAUUUAAAACAUCCUUGUACUUUUAAAAUAUGUACUUGAAAAUAAGCUUAUGUGUAUUUGAAUAUUUUGGAAGUACUGGAAAAUCGAUUUGCGUAUUUUUAUGAUCAUACUCAUAUUUUAGUACUACUUUGGUAGCAUUUACACUGAAUUUUAAGAAAACUAGAACAUAGUAUUCGUUUAUAGUAUACAAAAAUAGUUGACACACCAAAAGGUUUUAUAAAAGGUGUUCAACUUUAAAGAACCACUUCUACCUUACUGUGCAGGAAUUUUGUUACUUCUCAUUGUUUUAGGAAUUCCACGCAGGUUUCUCAUGCAGCUGAAAUAAGGUGCUUGCUGGAGGGUGUCCCCCGUGCUGUGCUGCUCCCAAUCCUGCUGCAUUUUUGAAAUAAAAUGUCCUGAAGGAUUAGCAGAGGAAUUUUAUAUUCUUUUACAAACUAAGCCAGGUGCAGUUGGUUUCCGUUUCUUGAUGUUUCAUGACCACCUAUAACUGCAUUACAAACAUUUUCAGUUCCUCAGACUUCUCCUUUGCCUUAACUUUUGUUUUUUUAAUGUUUAAAAUAUUGCAAACACUUUAUAUGGCAUAGUGUUAGUCUCCUAUGUUAUGCAAAAUUCACUUUGUAGCAAAGUAGCUGAGUGUGCGAAAGUCCCUUAGCGAUGUUAGUGCCAGUCCGGUGGGGGAAAAUGUCCCGAGAAACAAAAUGGUUUUUGUACAUACACGUCAAGAUAUUCAGGAGUUUUCAUAGUCUUGUUUGUUAAACAACAUUUUCUGAUACUUUUGAUACGUUUAGCAUACUAUUAAAGCGAAGAAAGAAAAUUAUCAUGUACUGUAUGGAAAAUGUUGUACCUAUGAACUUUUCCACAUUUGUAAACAGAUAACUUUGUAUACCAGAACCUUGUUUUGAGUGAUCUUUUUAUUAAUAAAAUUGUCUUUAUACAGGA